AUGGAAUUAGAUGCUGUCGGAAAUACUACUGCUGCAGGCAACUUUUUUGAAAAGCAUUUUCAAAAAGCAUUUAAAUCGGGAAAAACCAAAUUUAAAUGCUACUGCUACGGAUGCUCUGACUCUCUUGUCAUUUUAGAGGCUGAAUUUAGUGUCUUUUACUCUUUGUAUUGCUUUAUUACCUCUCCUAAAAUCGAUCCAGCUCAGCAAUACAUUGAGGACGCUGGAGAACAUCUUAAAAAGGAUCUAUUAUUGAGGUGUAGAAUAACCGCUGCAAUUUGUGGGACUAAAUUUGGGCAACUUUUACCAGUAGACGUCGCCCUGGUGACAAACCAGAUGCCGCGUAGACCUUGGCAUCUUUCUGGGACAUAUAAAGCGCACCAGACCUAUUCGCCUAAUAUUUUCUUCUUUUACUACGAUUACACCGGAACCUCCAUCAUAGUGAGUGUUCAGUUUUCGUACAAAGAUGGAAAAGGGACAGUUGUUGAUGAGCUUGGCAGAUUCAAACCCAUGGAUUAUAUUGUUGACAGGGAGCAAUAUCGUCUUGAAGCAUUGAGUUCUUCUACACAACAUUUGCCUCAAUUGUGUCAAGAAUGA